AUGGAGAAUUACCAUGUAUUACACUUGGUUGGUCAAGGAUGCUUUGGCAAAGUGUACAAGGGACGACGCCGACACACGGGUCAGAUCGUAGCCAUGAAGUUCAUUUCCAAGCGGGGCAAGCCUGAAAAAGAUCAACAGCAGCUCCGUCUUGAGAUCGGCAUUCUGCAACGCUUGGAGCACGAAAAUAUUAUUCGUCUUUUAGAUUGGUUUGAAACCAAUACGGAUUUCGUGGUCGUGACGCAGUUCGCGCAUGGAGAGUUGUUCGAGAUUUUUCAGGAUGACAAGCGCUUGCCAGAAGCAGAAGUCAGCAACAUUGCCAGGCAGCUAGUCAAGGCGCUCAAUUAUUUACACUCACAGAAAGUGAUUCAUCGCGACAUGAAGCCGCAGAAUGUCCUCAUCGGUUCCAAUGGCACCGUGAAGCUUUGCGACUUCGGAUUUGCACGGGCCAUGUCCUCUGACACCACGGUUCUCACCUCCAUAAAGGGUACUCCGUUGUACAUGGCACCAGAACUGGUGCAGGAAAGGCCUUAUGAUGGAAGCGUUGACUUGUGGUCGUUGGGUGUGAUUUGCUACGAGCUCUUUGUCGGGCAGCCGCCAUUCUACACGAACUCGCUCGUGUCGCUGGUCCGGCUGAUCGUCCAGAAGCCUGUGCGGUAUCCAGAAUCCAUGUCGGAAACCUUCAGGUCAUUUCUGCAAGGCUUGCUGCAGAAGGAUCCCAAGCAGAGGCUCGGAUGGCCGGACUUGCUGCAUCAUCCUUUUGUCCGAGAUCCAGAUGCACUGCCUGCCCCCAUGCCCUCUGCGCCAAGCAGGAAGGAGCUCGAGUUGCUGCAGCCACCUGAACCGUGGGAAGCAGCCGCCAAGCGUCCAGACGAAAGCAUUGACUUUGCGGUUGAAUUGAAUGUGUUGAACGGGGCAUUGCGCUCCGUCCACCCGGAACAGCUGAGUCCGCGGAAUCUGGUGCGGUUGGUUGCUGUUCUCGCCGCUUGGAAGGAUUUUCUGGAGCCUACACUGGUGACACUCAAGUCGGGCAUGCUCCUGCUGAAGCACUUGGUGAAGUUGCCGAAUGCGAACACGGCUGGAAUACCCUGGGGCUGCGCAGUGCAGGCA